AUGUUUCGUUUGAUAAUAAUUUUACUUGGUGCUUUAUGUUCUUGCGUUGUAACGAAACCGUCAAUCAACUAUACAAUGCACUAUAGUAAUUAUCGUCAUCUUGGAGCCAAUUGGUCGACUACGACUAAAUAUCGAGACGAAUCCAGCACAUACAAAGUAGUCAAUUGGAGAAAUUAUGCGAAUUCUUUAGAAGAUUUUAUAAAUAAAUAUCCGAUUGUUGGUAUUCAAACUGCUGGAACGGCCAACUCUUCAUCUACAAUUGGAGAUGUAGGAUCUGGAAGAUUUGUCGUAAUCAUGUUUCGUUUGAUAAUAAUUGUACUUGGUGCUUUAUGUUCUUGCGUUGUAACGAAACCGUCAAUCAAGUAUACAAUGCGCUAUAGUAAUUAUCGAAAUCUUGGAGCCAAUUGGUCGGGUACGGCUAAAUAUCAUGACGAAUCCAGCACAUACAAAGUAGUCAAUUGGAGAAAUUAUACGAAUUCUUUAGAAGAUUUUAUAAAAGAAUACCCUAUUGUUGGUAUUCAAACUGAUGGAGCGGCAAAUUCUCCAUAUAUAAUUGGAGAUGUAGGAUCCGGAAAAUUUGGUAAAGUGACCUUUGAAACUAUUCAUUUUACCAAUGAAAUAAGACGAGUAUAUAUUGUUGAUUCUUCACGAAAUUCCUUUUGGUGGGAUGUCGGAGUAUCUAUUGGAUUUAAUUUUCAAGCAAAGAAUGAAAAUCUUUACAUUACACCGUAUAUAAACGCAUGGAUAUAUAGUGGUGGUGCCGUUUGGAGAGAAUUGGAUAUUGGUUUGAGGGCAACAGACGUUACUUUUAUGCCAAUAAAUGAUGAUGUAAACAAUUAGUUAUCGAUAUUUUACCGAUCAAUUAAUUUUUUUUUGUGUAUAAUAAAUAUAAUAUUACUUU